AUGCAAGAGGAGGAGGUCGGAGGCGCCUGGAGCUCAGAGCUCGUGGUCCACGAGCAGCUUCAGGGUAAGGAGAAGCCCCAGAAGUGCUUGAAAUGUGGGAAGAGCUUCAGCCAGAAAUCCAACCUGAUCUGCCACAUGAAAAUCCACACGGGGGAGAGGCCCUAUAUAUGUGAGGAGUGUGGGAAGAGCUUCAGCCGGAGAUCCAACUUGACUGUCCACUUGAGGAGCCACACCGAGGAGAGGUGUUACAAGUGUGAGGAGUGGAAGAGCUUCAGCUGGAUCUCCUGCCUGAUUGUCCACCUGAGGAGGCACACCGAGGAGAGGUGUAACAAGUGUGAGGAGUGUGGGAAGAGUUUCAGCCGGAUCUCCCACCUGACUGUCCACAUGAGAAGGCACACCGGGGAGAAACCCUACGAGUGUGAUAAAUGCAGAAAGGGGUUUCAGACCAGCUCUGAUCUCCUCAGGCACCAGCGCACUCACACAGAGGAGAGGCCCUUCCUCUGCCCCGACUGUGGGAAAGGCUUCAAGUACAACUCCUCCCUUGUCAGCCACCAGCACAUUCACACCCGGGAGAGGCCCUAUGAGUGUCCCGAGUGUGGGAAGAGAUUCACCCACAAGUUGAACCUGAUUGUCCACAAGAGGAUCCACACUGGCGAGAGGUCUUACGAGUGUGGGGAGUGUAGGAAGAGCUUCUGCCAGCACUCCCACCUGAUCUACCACCUGAGGAGCCACACUGGGGAGAAGUCCUAUGAGUGUGAUAAAUGCAGGAAGAGGUUUCAGACCAGUUCUCAUCUUGUCAGGCACCAGAGGAUUCACACAGAGGAGCGGCCCUUUUGCUGUUCUGAAUGUGGGCAGAGCUACAGCCAGAGUUCAGAGCUGGUGGUCCAUGAGCAGCUUCAUGAUGGGGAGAAGCCCCACAAGUGCUUGCAGUGUGGGAAGAGCUUUAAGUGGAGCUCCCACCUGAUCAGCCACCAGAUGAUCCACACCGGGGAAUGGCCCCACAAGUGUGGGGAGUGUGGGAAGGGCUUCAGCUACAGAUCCAACCUUGUGACCCACCAACGCAUCCACACUGGGGAGAAGCCCUACGAGUGUCCCCAGUGUCAGAAGAGGUUUCCGAGCAGCUCCAAUCUCCUCCAGCACCAGCGGAUUCACACUGAGGAGAGGCCCUUCCUCUGUCCUGAGUGCGGGAAGGGCUUCAAGCACAACUUUGACCUCAUCAAGCACCGGCGCAUCCACACAGGGGAGAGGCCCUACGAGUGUCCCCAGUGUGGGAAGAGCUUCACCACCAGCUCUCACUUGACCAGACACCAACGGAGCCACCAGGAAGACCAAAUGUACAGAGGCAUUGCGUGUAGUUAGGACAAAAGCAGUGGCUGUAGUUCAGAGCUGGUGGUCCAUGAGCAGCUUCAUGAUGGGGAGAAGCCCCACAAGUGCUUGGAGUGUGGGAAGAGCUUUAGGCGGAGCUCCCACCUGAUCAGGCACCAGAGGAUCCACACCAGGGAACGGCCCUACAAGUGUGGGGAGUGUGGGAAGGGCUUCAGGCAGAGCAACCACCUGAUCAGCCACCAGAGGAUCCACACCAGGGAAUGGCCCUACAAGUGUGGGGAGUGUGGGAAGGGCUUCAGCUACAGAUCUGCCCUUGUGACCCACCAACGCAUCCACACUGGGGAGAGGCCCUACGAGUGUCCCCAGUGUCAGAAGAGGUUUCCGAGCAGCUCCAAUCUCCUCCAGCACCAGCGGAUUCACACUGAGGAGAGGCCUUUCCUCUGCCCUGAGUGCGGGAAGGGCUUCAAGCACAACUUUGACCUCAUCAAGCACCGGCGCAUCCACACAGGGGAGAGGCCCUACGAGUGUCCCCAGUGUGGGAAGAGCUUCACCACCAGCUCUCACUUGACCAGACACCAACGGAGCCACCAUGGGGAGCUUCCCUACGCAUGUAAAGCCUGUGGGCAGAGCUUCAGCCAGAGUUCAGAGCUGGUGGUCCAUGAGCAGCUUCAUGAUGGGGAGAAGCCCCACAAGUGCUUGGAGUGUGGGAAGAGCUUUAGGUGGAGCUCCCACCUGAUCAGGCACCAGAGGAUCCACACCAGGGAAUGGCCCUACGAGUGUGGGGAGUGUGGGAAGGGCUUCAGCUACAGAUCCAACCUUGUGACCCACCAACGCAUCCACACUGGGGAGAGGCCCUACGAGUGUCCCCAGUGUCAGAAGAGGUUUCAGAGCAGCUCCAGUCUCCUCCAGCACCAGCGGAUUCACACUGAGGAGAGGCCCUUCCUCUGCCCUGAGUGUGGGAAGGGCUUCAAGCACAACUCCGACCUCAUCAAGCACCGGCGCAUCCACACUGGGGAGAGGCCCUACCAAUGCGCCACAUGUGGGAAGAGGUUUCAGACCAGCUCCAAUCUCCUCCAGCACCAGCGGAUUCACACAGAUGAGAGGCCUUUCCACUGCCCUGAGUGCGGAAAGGGCUUCAAGCAGAACUUCACCCUCAUCAUCCACCGACGCAUCCACACAGGGGAGAGGCCCUACGAGUGUCCCCAGUGUGGGAAGAGCUUCACCAGCAGCUCUCACUUGACCAGACACCAACGGAGGCACCACAUCCACACUGGAAAGAGGCCCUACGAGUGUCUCCAGUGUGGGAAGAGGUUUCACACAAGCUCCAAUCUCCUCCAGCACCAGCGGAUUCACACAGACGAGAGGCCCUUCCAAUGCCCCGACUGCGGGAAGGGAUUCACAGACAACUCCACCCUCGUCACAUGGCGCAUCCACACUGGGGAGAGGCCCUACGAGUGUCCCCAGUGUGGGAAGAGCUUCACCCACAGCUCUCACUUGACCAAACACCAACAAAUCCACACUGGGGAGAGGCCCUAUGAGUGUCCCAAGUGUCAGAAGAGGUUUCAGACCAGCUCCAAUCUCCUCAGCCACUAGUGGAUUCACACUGAGGAGAGGCCCUUCUGCUGCCCUGACUGUGGGAAGGGCUUCAAGGACAACUCCAUCCCCAUCACCCACCGGCACAUCCACACUGGGGAGAGGCCCUACGAGUGUCCCCAGUGCAGAAGAAGCUUCAGCCAGAAAUCCAACCUGAUCUGCCACAUGAAAAUCCACACGGGGGAGAGGCCCUAUAUAUGUGAGGAGUGUGGGAAGAGCUUCAGCCAGAAAUCCAACCUGAUCUGCCACAUGAAAAUCCACACGGGGGAGAGGCCCUAUAUAUGUGAGGAGUGUGGGAAGAGCUUCAGCUGGAUCUCCUGCCUGAUUGUCCACCUGAGGAGGCACACCGAGGAGAGGUGUUACAAGUGUGAGGAGUGUGGGAAGAGUUUCAGCCGGAUCUCCCACCUGACUGUCCACAUGAGGAGGCACACCGGGGAGAAACCCUACGAGUGUGAUAAAUGCCGAAAGAGGUUUCAGACCAGCUCUGAUCUCCUCAGGCACCAGCGCACUCACACAGAGGAGAGGCCCUUCCUCUGCCCCGACUGCGGGAAAGGCUUCAAGUACAACUCCUCCCUUGUCAGCCACCAGCACAUGCACACCCGGGAGAGGCCCUAUGAGUGUCCCGAGUGUGGGAAGAGAUUCACCCACAAGUCGAACCUGAUUGUCCACAAGAGGAUCCACACUGGCGAGAGGUCUUACGAGUGUGGGGAGUGUGGGAAGAGCUUCUGCCAGCGCUCCCACCUGAUCUACCACCUGAGGAGCCACACUGGGGAGAAGCCCUAUGAGUGUGAUAAAUGCAGGAAGAGGUUUCAGACCAGCUCUCAUCUUGUCAGGCACCAGAGGAUUCACACGGAGGAGCGGCCCUUUCGCUGCCCUGACUGCGGGAAGGGCUUCAGGGACAACUCCACCCUCGUGACCCACCGGCGCAUCCACAGUGGGGAGAGGCCCUAUGAGUGUCCUGAGUGUGGGAAGAGCUUCUCUCAGAGCUCUAACUUGAGCAGACACCAGCGUGUCCACAGCGGGGAGAGGCCCUACGAGUGUCCUGAGUUUGGAAAGAGCUUGAUCCAGAACUCCACCCUGACUGCCCACCUGACGACCCACAUGGAGGAACAAAGCUAUGAGUAUGCAGAGUGUGGGAAGAGCUUCAGGACGACAUCUGAACUGACCAUCCACCAAAGAAACCACACUGGGGAAUGGCCUUUUCAGUGUGGGGAAUGUGGGAAUAGCUACCAGAGGAGAAGCCACCUGACCCACCACAUGGAAGUCCACACAGGUCUGGAAGAGCCCUACAAAUGUGGGCAGUGUGAGAAGAGCUUCAUGUCAAAGUCCCACCUGAUUGGCCACCAGAGGAUCCACACUGGAGAGAGGCCCUAUGAAUGUGUUAAAUGCAAGAAGAGGUUUCAGACCAGCUCCUUUCUCCUCCUGCACCAGCAGCUUCACACAGAUGAGAGGCCCUUCAACUGCCCUGACUGCGGGAAGGGCUUCAAGCAGAACGCUGCUCUCAUCAGCCACUGGUACAUCCACACCGGGGAGAGGCCCUACAAGUGCUUGAAAUGUGGGAAGAGCUUCAGCCAGAAAUCCAACCUGAUCUGCCACAUGAAAAUCCACACGGGGGAGAGGCCCUAUAUAUGUGAGGAGUGUGGGAAGAGCUUCAGCCGGAGAUCCAACUUGACUGUCCACUUGAGGAGCCACACCGAGGAGAGGUCUUACAAGUGUGAGGAGUGUGGGAAGAGCUUCAGCUGGAUCUCCUGCCUGAUUGUCCACCUGAGGAGGCACACCGAGGAGAGGUGUUACAAGUGUGAGGAGUGUGGGAAGAGUUUCAGCCGGAUCUCCCACCUGACUGUCCACAUGAGGAGGCACACCGGGGAGAAACCCUACGAGUGUGAUAAAUGCCGAAAGGGGUUUCAGACCAGCUCUAAUCUCCUCAGGCACCAGCGCACUCACACAGAGGAGAGGCCCUUCCUCUGCCCCGACUGCGGGAAAGGCUUCAAGUACAACUCCUCCCUUGUCAGCCACCAGCACAUGCACACCCAGGAGAGGCCCUAUGAGUGUCCCGAGUGUGGGAAGAGAUUCACCCACAAGUUGAACCUGAUUGUCCACAAGAGGAUCCACACUGGCGAGAGGUCUUACGAGUGUGGGGAGUGUGGGAAGAGCUUCUGCCAGCGCUCCCACCUGAUCUACCACCUGAGGAGCCACACUGGGGAGAAGCCCUAUGAGUGUGAUAAAUGCAGGAAGAGGUUUCAGACCAGCUCUCAUCUUGUCAGGCACCAGAGGAUUCACACGGAGGAGCGGCCCUUUCGCUGCCCUGACUGCGGGAAGGGCUUCAGGGACAACUCCACCCUCGUGACCCACCGGCGCAUCCACAGUGGGGAGAGGCCCUAUGAGUGUCCUGAGUGUGGGAAGAGAUUCUCUCAGAGCUCUAACUUGAGCAGACACCAGCGUGUCCACAGCGGGGAGAGGCCCUACGAGUGUCCUGAGUUUGGAAAGUGCUUGACCCAGAACUCCACCCUGACUGCCCACCUGAGGAUCCACACGGAGGAACAAAGCUAUGAGUAUGCAGAGGGUGGGAAGAGCUUUAGGACGACAUCUGAACUGACUAUCCACCAGAGAAACCACACUGGGGAAUGGCCUUUUGAGUGUGGGGAAUGUGGGAAUAGCUACCAGAGGAGAAGCCACCUGACCCGCCACAUGGAAGUCCACACAGGUCUUGAAGAGCCCUACAAAUAUGGGCAGUGUGGGAAGAGCUUCAUGUCAAAGUCCCACCUGAUUGGCCACCACAGGAUCCACACUGGAGAGAGGCCCUAUGAGUGUAUUAAAUGCAAGAAGAGGUUUCAGACCAGCUCCUUUUUCCUCCUGCACCAGCAGCUUCAUACAGAUGAGAGGCCCUUCAACUGCCCUGACUGCGGGAAGGGCUUCAAGCAGAGCGCUGCUCUCAUCAGCCACUGGUGCAUCCACUCCAGGGAGAGGCCCUACGAGUGUUCUGAGUGUAGGAAGAGCUUCUCUCAGAGCUCUAUCUUGACCAGACACCAACAGAUUCACGAUGGGGAGAAGCCCUACAAGUGCUUGGAGUGUGGGAAGGGCUUCAGGUGCAGCUCUGAGCUCGUCACCUACCAACACAUCCACACUGGGGAACGGCCCUACGAGUGCCUCGAGUGUCCAAAAAUGUUUCACACCACUUCCACUCUCGUCAGGCACCAGCGGAUUCACACAGAGGAGAGGCCCUUCCGCUGCCCUGAGUGCGGGAAGGGCUUUAGAGAAAACAUCAGCCUUGUUACCCACUGGUGCAUCCAAACCAGGGAGAGGCUCUACGAGUGUCACAAGUGUGGUAAGAGCUUCACCCAGAGCUCUCAUUUGACCAAACACCAGAUGAUCCACACUGGGGAAUGGCCCUACAAGUGUGGGGAGUGUGGGAAGGGCUUCAGCUGCAGCUCCGCCCUCAUCACCCACCAACGCAUCCACACUGGGGAGAGGCCCUACAAGUGUCCCCAGUGUCAGAAGAGGUUUCAGAGCAACUCCAGUCUCCUCCAGCACCAGCAGAUUCACACAGGGGAGAGGCCCAACGAGUGUAAGGAAUGUGUGAGCUUUAGCCAGAACUCUAACCUGAUCUCCCACCAGAAGAUCCACACCAGGGAACGGCCCUAUGAAUGUGGGGAAUGUGGGAAGAGCUUCAGGCACAAGUCUCUCUUGAGCUGCCACCAAAGGAUCCACACUGGGGAAAGGCCAUGCAAGUGUGGGGAAUGUGGGAUAACCUUUAGUAGGAGUUCUGAUCUCCUCCAGCACCAAUGGAUUCACACAGAUGAGAGGCCCUUCCACUGCCCUGAGUGCGGGAAGGGCUUCAAGCACAACUCCACCCUCAUCAUCCACCGGCGCAUCCAUACAGGGGAGAGGCCCUAUGAGUGUCCCCAGUGUGGGAAGAGCUUCUCCAGCAGCUCUCACUUGACCAGACACGAACGGAAGCUGGUGGUCCAUGAGCAGCUUCAUGAUGGGGAGAAGCCCCACAAGUGCUUGGAGUGUGGGAAGAGCUUUAGGCGGAGCUCCCACCUGAUCAGGCACCAGAGGAUCCACACCAGGGAACGGCCCUACAAGUGUGGGGAGUGUGGGAAGAGCUUCAGGCAGAGCAACCACCUGAUCAGCCACCAGAGGAUCCACACCAGGGAAUGGCCCUACAAGUGUGGGGAGUGUGGGAAGGGCUUCAGCUACAGAUCUGCCCUUGUGACCCACCAACGCAUCCACACUGGGGAGAGGCCCUUCCUCUGCCCUGAGUGCGGGAAGGACUUCAAGCACAACUCCGACCUCAUCAAGCACCGGCGCAUCCACACUGGGGAGAGGCCCUACCAAUGCGCCACAUGUGGGAAGAGCUUCACCACCAGCUCUCACUUGACCAGACACCAACGGAGCCACCAGUAA